UGUCACAUUCGGCUCGUCGUCCCGUCAGUUCGCUUCGCUUGUUUUUCACAGUCCUUCGAAGCGUUUUGCUCUGUAGCUGCAGCGGGCGCAGUGAAAUCUAUUUUUAUAAAAUCCUUACCACCCCACCGCGGACGGAAUAAAUCGGGUUUCGUUUAGUUUUCCAGUAAACGCGCACCUAUCACCGUUCCGCGAAAGUGUAAACUAGCCUCCAAUAAAUCAGUGUUGUGUUCGGAUUUUGCUGUGCGACGGAAUCAAGUGAAUUAGUGAAUCAUCUUUGUUUUUCUGUAACAACUGUUGCGAGGGUGAGAGGAGAAGAUCGGGGCCAAGGCAAGUCGUCCAGGGAGCAGUAGGAAUUGGAAGCAGACGAGAUGUUGACGGUUGAUAAGAUCAAGGAACAAUAUCCCAUCCAUUGGUUGGUGUGGAACAACGAUUUCCGCGAGCUGCAGCAAGCGAUCGAUAAGAAAGCUGAGCAUGACCUGGAGCAGUUGGAUCCCCGAGGACGCACGCCGCUCAUGCUAGCGGUCAAGCUUUCGCAUCUGGAGUGUGUCAAGGCCCUGCUGGCGGCCAAAUGUAAUGCCAAUUUCGAGUGCGACGGAUGGUCCGUGGUCCAGGAAGCGGUCUGCUCCGGCGAUGCCAACAUCUUAACCGCCGUCCUGGAAGUCCGGGACCUGCAGCGUCACAUCAAGCGAGUUUCGCACGUUCCCCAGCUGCUGCAGCACCUGCAGGACACGCCGGACUUCUACGUCGAGAUGAAGUGGGAGUUCACCAGCUGGGUACCGUUGAUGUCGCGCGUCUGCCCGAGCGAUACCUACAAAGUGUACAAACGGGGUUCCAACGUUCGGAUCGAUACCACCUUGCUGGGGUUCGACAACAAUACCUGGCAGCGUGGCAACCGAAGCUACAUCUUUAAGGGCCAGGCCGAGUCGGCAACGAUGAUCGAAAUCGACCACGAUACCGGAGAGGUAUCGAUCGAGCACAUGCGAAACAUCGAAUCGGAAGACAUCGACGGGAUCACCCCGUCGAAGGAAUCGGUAGCGCUACGCCUGCAGGCUCCCGUCAUUUGCAACCACAUUGAUAUGGACAAAAUCAGCUUCGAACGGAAUAAAUCCGGUUUCUGGGGAUGGCGUAGCGAGAAAGUCGAGAACAUCAACGGGUACGAGUGCAAGGUGUAUGGAGCGAGCAAUGUAGAAUUUAUCACCCGUACUAGAAACGAACACCUGAGUGAGGAACAGGCUAGAAUCAAAAGCUCCCGUACACCGCUGCAGCACUUUUUGGGAAUGACCGAGGAAGACUACGACCACGCGGGGGCAUCCAAUCCUCUCAGAGAUUCAGGGGCAUCGCCCUUGCUAGGUCAAGACAACGGUAGCUCCAACAACAGCCCCGUCCAUGAAGUGGCCGGAGCUUCCAAUGCAGUUUCGGAUGGUGCGGCUCCCAGCGUUGAGGAGUACUUCUCGGCCGAAGUAGAUCUGCAAGGACGCGACGUUGGCAAGCCGAAACGAGUAUCGGCCAAGGUGCAACGCUUCAAGGCGAAUAUCUGGCUGAGCGAACAGUUCCCCAUCAAGCUGCAGGAACAGGUGCUGCCCAUUUUGGAUCUCAUGUCGACGAUGGCCAGUCCCCAUGUGUCCAAGCUGAAAGAUUUCGUCACCAUGCAGCUUCCGUCCGGCUUCCCCGUUAAGAUUGAAAUCCCACUCUUCCACGUGCUGAACGCGGUGGUCACAUUCGGAAACGUGUUCGCGAUGGAGACACCGGUGGCCAAUGUGAGCAGUCUGCAGGAGAGCGAAGAGCGCACCACGUGCAUCAUCGAUGACUGCUGUUUCGAUGUGCCGUCCGAGUACGUCCAGCGGGGCAACGACUUCCGGCGACAGAUCACCUUCGAGGACGAAGACGAGCUGAUGCAGUUUGCCAUCCAGCAGAGUCUGAUCGAGCAGGGCAGCGAAAACGACGAGGUGGACAUUUGGGAAGCGCUGAAGGCGCAACGUCCCCUCACGCCCAGCUUCUACGAGGACGAACAACUGCAGAGAGCUUUGCAAGAAUCACUGAUCUCAGGGUUUCAAAGCGGUAGCGUAACGGCAGCGUCCCCAGAGGGAGGAUCGACGACGACGGCGGCUGCCACGGGAACACAGGAACAACCGCACGCCACAAAUGGCGCCGGCGCGGACGAACUCGACAGCAUACCGGACUAUCUGGAUCCGAACCUGGAGCUGGCGAUCAAACUAAGCCAGGAGGAGGAACGGCGCCGCGAGGAAGAACGCAAACGGGAAGAGGAAAUGCUCGCCGAAGUGCUCCGGUUAAGUUUGGAGGACAAGUAGGGCUCCGUCCAAGGUGCGGUCCCCUUGCUUCUCGAGGGGACGGGUCAUUGCUUCCUGUAUAAUAGAGUAUUUUUUUCUUCUGUUGUACAAUUUAAACUGAUAAUAUGACUUUUUCCACAUAACACGAUUCCAAAAUUAGAUAAGGUAACAAAACGAAGUGAGUAGAGGUGCAACACUAGAAGCGCCUGCCACGAGUAUGCGAUAUUCGUGUGUAGCGUACUAAGAAAUCUAAAGAAAAAAGAACGAGUAUCGUAAUAUUUAUAUUUAUUAUCACUAGCCAUUUUUCUGUAAUGUAUACAAUAGAGAAAAAAUGAAGCAACUUUUUAUAAACCCAUGUAUUGACUUAGUCACCAUACGCUGAAUCGAUGCAAAAUUUACGACUACUGAUUACCGUAUAAUGCAUAUUAUGUUACUAAAGACAAACUUCUUAUAUUUAGAUUAACAAUUUCCUUCAGUGCAUACCAUUAAUUUUGUAUUCGUCAUUGCUUUGGUUCUAUACACAUUCGAAAUACCUUACAAACUAAAAGAGUUUACUGUACACGCUGGAAGAGUGAGUUGCUUUUUUGCAAACCUAUAUAUUUAUUCGUUUAUCUAAUCUAUUAUUGAAAUACGAUAAAUUUUAACGAAAUAUAUAUUAUUUGUAAUUCUAUCGAA